AGAUCUAAAGUUCAAGGCAGCACUGACAGUCUGAUUCACUUCACUGGGCUCCCUAUCAUUCACGCUCAGACAGCUGGCGGCUGCACCGAGGACUCUUACUCUCAAAGGUAAGAUCAACAAAUUAAAUGUUUUUAUUUUGAAGUUUGAACAAAACAUGUGAGAUAUUCAACUUUUGAACUACUAUACUACUACUACUCAUUGCGAACAAAGUGCACUUUCUGCUGUUUUGAUUAACCCGUUAGUCAUUUUAAUCAAUAAUUGUGGGUAAAAGCACCAGGAAAUAUCAGUGACUGUCAGAGACCAAGCAUAAAUUUUUCAUUCAUUAUGCAUAUAUUUAUAAAUACAAUAUAUAUGUAUGUAUAUAUGUGUAUGUGUGUGUGUGUGUGUGUGUGUGUGUGUGUGUGUGUGUGUGUGUGUGUGUGUGUGUGUAUAUAUAUAUAUAUAUAUAUCAAGCUGUGCUACCCAAAUAAAAUGCGCUUAAAUAUAUAUAAUAUAUAUAUAUAUAUAUAUAUAUAUAUAUAUAUAUAUAUAUAUAUAUGUAUAUAUAUUUAAGCGCAUUUUAUUUGGGUAGCACAGCUUGAUUAUGUCCCCUUAAUGAGUUUUAAAACUUUUUUUAGAUAACUCAUAACUGAGUCUGUCCUUGAAUGACAUGCAGGAUGAUAAUAUGAUGCACUGUAAAUGAUCAAAAGGCCCACUUUUAACUUAUUUUCAACCAAAAUAUUUCCUCAUGCAGUCCUUCAGAGAAGUGAAGCUCUCCCUGUCUUUGCUUCUGAAGGACUCUCUCUCUUGCUGAAAUUCCCUUUUCGUUCCCAGUUAUUGACUUCAUUUUCUAUUCCAUCAAAUUUUGUAAAUUGUCUAUUAGGGUGGAGGGUUUUAGCAUAAUGCAACUUUUUUAGAAACAACUCACUAAUGUAUGUUUUUCUUAUACAUUUGUACGGUGGUAGAAUUUUUAAAUGCCAUUGGUUUUUUUGUUUUUGUUCCCCGACUAAUUUGAUCGUGAAUUUGCUUCUCUUUAGAUCAGGCACCAUGGGCGAUUGGGGUUUUCUGUCCUCAUUGCUGGACAAGGUCCAGUCUCACUCCACUGUCAUCGGGAAGGUCUGGCUCAGUGUGCUUUUCAUCUUCAGGAUCAUGGUCCUGGGAGCGGGAGCAGAAAAGGUCAACAUCCCCUUUUCUUUUUUGUUUCUUUGAGCAGGUAUCACUAGAGCAGCUUAUGAUUUUUAGAUGAAAUAUCACCCCCUAGUGGCCAUUGGAGAGGCCUAAAAAGCACACCCAUAAAGUCUUGGCUAAAACUUGUGAUAUAAUUUUUGUGAUAUAAAUAUAGUGCUGUUAUUUAACUUCACAGGUGUGGGGUGACGAACAAUCGAAUAUGAUCUGUAACACCAAACAGCCUGGUUGUAAGAACGUCUGCUAUGACCACGCUUUCCCCAUCUCUCACAUCCGAUUCUGGGUCCUCCAGAUUAUCUUCGUCUCAACACCAACACUGAUCUACCUUGGUCAUGUCCUCCACGUCAUCCACAAAGAAAAUAAACUGAGAGAGCACAUGAAGAACAACUGUGGUGAAAUGAUCAAACACCCCAAGUACUCAGAUGAGAAGGGUCACGUCCAGAUUAAGGGGAACCUGCUGGGAAACUACAUGACCUCCAUAUUCUUCAGAAUCAUCCUGGAGAUCGCAUUCAUUGUGGGGCAGUAUUACCUGUACGGCUUUGUCAUGAACCCACAAAUCGUCUGCGCCAGAGCCCCAUGCCCCUUCACUGUGGAGUGCUACAUGUCUCGUCCCACAGAGAAGACCAUCUUCAUCAUCUUCAUGCUGGUUGUGUCCUGCGUCUCUCUUUUGCUGAACCUGGCCGAGAUCUUCUACUUGGCCUGUUCUCGCUCAGCCAGGCGCAGGGCUCGAUUGGUGCCAGCCUCUGCUAUCGCCAUGCACCCACGUUUAGACGGUGGCAGUCUGAUGAAAAACGAGAAGCUCAGCCUCCAUGAUGCCAGUCACAGCACGGCAUAAAAAAAACAUCAUGACCUCCAAAGUGUAAAUUUAAACAGUCAAAUGGUUACAGAGGAUGUGGGAGGUUGGAUUAAGAUGUGACUCCUGGUUCUCAAUUUGCAAGAAACCAUGGCUUACUGAGAGUUACUUAUUUAUGUGGCACUUAAAUAUGGUUCCUAACACGCUUGUUAGAAAUUGUAAUUCAAAUAAAAAAAGAAAAAUGCAGAAUAAUAUUGUACAGUUUUACUGGCACUAACCAAAAAAUGUAUUUGUGGCUUUAUUCUAAGUCUUGGUUUGGCUUGUGUUUCUCCUGUAAAUAUAAUGUGAGUAUUGGCACCUUGUUUGUUCUGAUUAAAAAGUUUGGCUGCAAGUGUUCAGGUUUAAGCUUUGAGCUGACAGAUAGGAUGACCCAACUUGGGCAGCCUGAACUCUAACAGCCAAUAAAUCUGUUUCCUGGUGUUAGUUUGCAAUGGUUAAAAGCUAUUUAAAAAUUAUGUUGUCAAAAUGUGUGCAAGAAUUGAAGUGCUUUUUUGCUGUCUCAGGCGUGUAAAAAUAUGAAUAAAAAAGUUAUUUUAAACA